AUGUUUCAGAACCAUCGCUCCUUCGAACGAUCCAUAAAUUACGAGAAGAAAAAGGUAUUAUCCUCCAAUAAGCGAGGCCAUCUGCUGUGCCGGCUGGCGGCCUUCGACAUUCCUACAGUGCCGAAACAGGUAGGUCGUAAAUCAGUCAAUCCAACCACUUUAAAGGUCUCCUCCCCGUUGCCACAUCAGACCCAUCGCAUCUACGAGCCGGAUCACGUCAACUCACGCUCCUGGAACGACGACUAUCAGGCGGAGGAGAAGCCCGCUUAUCAGCCGGGCGGUGUCAAAGUGACGGCGGUGGUCCGGGGUACCUCAUCGACCCUGUUCCCGCGCAGUGUAAGUCGAGAAUAGCUGAGUUCGAUUGUGUGGUAAUUAAGGAGAUGGAUGGCUGUAAUGUCACUGACAAGAUUGAUAGCCGCUUCCAAGAUUGAUAACGCAAUCACAUAAUAAACAGCUAUCGCUUCACGUUUUUCUGGGCAGUUAGUGUGAUGACAUAAACAGUAGUGGGGGAAUGUUAACAAUAACAUAGCUAUAAAACAGUGUUAGUGAUAAGUAAUGAAAUAAGAUCUGUCGUUGAUAAAAAUGUUGUUAAAACACUGUUUAAAAUCAAUCAAAAUUACUUCAGAAUGAACAUUCUUCAUCCUCAGCCUCAUCCCAAAGGCUCACCAACAUCAGUCCAGUCUUGUCCUACCAACCUUCACCUUUAUCAAUAUCAACAUAUUCGACCGACAACCCCGAGAAGCGACCGGACAAGCUAGCUCGAGAGUGUAAGGACUUGUGGAAAACUCGGAAGUCGAUUGCUUAUGACUAUGAGAGGCCUAAGGCAUCGUCGCUGCUUCUGAUUCAUAACACAUCCACUGACAUUGCUUCUGAUGACCCAUCUACAAGCUUCGAGUCAAAUACCAUCGCUGUUGACGCCUCCAUUCAGGAGAGUUCGCGUAGCCAUGUCUCGGCCGAAGUGAGACGUCAGAAGUACAAGUCGCUGCUUCUGAAUCGAAGAGCUAGUUCGAGGAGGAAGAAGCGGGUCGGGUCGGUCAACCUGAACUACUACAGUAAUAUCUUGGAUGAAGUUACAGAGCCUUCCAGUAGCUUUAAGUGAGUUUGCAGGAAUAUAUUUGGUUGUUCAAAUAAUUCUGUGCUCCUUAACCAGGCAGAGGAGAAGCCCGCUUAUCAGCCGGGCGGAAACUUUGCUUUGAGAUGGGCACGGAAUUAUUUGAACAACUUAAUAUGUGUAACAUAUGGAUUGUAAGGUACUUUUUGGGACAUUAAUGUAAUUUUCAUACUUUAAGAUAUGGUAUUAUAAGUAUGAUAUUAAAUACUGUAAUAUACCACGUUUCAGAGACAGUGACAGUUCAAUGUCAUUCCGAGUCAGAAGACCGUCAAACAAACAUAAAGGGAACAGAGUAAUCAGAGCUACAUCAUUGGCCAUUAAAAGUAUGAACAAACGACGAAAUGAUUACGGUAAGCACUGUCUUUUUUAAACUUUAAAAGCUACUGCGCCUUGGGCAAUUAAAAAUGAAAAAUUAAUACAAUAUUUUUAUUACUUUCUUACUGUAUUACAUUGACCGUGCCGAAAGCAAAAAUUACUGCCAUAUUAUAUUAAAAGAUGCAAUAUGGGUCCUGCCACGAAAACCUCUAUUUAUAGUUUAUUUGUUUAUACGCAAAGGUUUAUAGGUUUAAAUUUAACUUCAUUUUACAGUUUUAUAUUUCAUUGUUAUACUACAGUUUUCUCUUACAGUGACAUGUUCGUACGACCGACCAGAACGCGACUACAGCGUGGACAAGACUUCUGAUUCCAUCUUCAAAGACUUUAUCAGGGUUGAUCCGGAAUACGACGAAUAUUAUCGACCACGAACCCCAACAUUGCCAAGUCGACUCCGACCGAUCGACUACAAUUACAGUAAUCGACCAGUCAGUCACUCCAUCGAUUACUACGCAAACUAUUUAGCUUAA